GAUGGAGUAAAAGCAUUUAAUGGUAUAAUAUUAUGAAUAAUGUUUAAGAGAUAUUAUGUUGAAGAAUAAUAGGCAUUACAUAGAGCAGCUGCAGUUUAUGGUUCUGGGUUGGCAAUGCAAUUAAAUUUGGAAAGAAAUAUUUUAGGAGCUCCAGGAUAAUCAUCAUAUAUUCAUUUAGAGAUAGCUAUGAAUAAAUUGAAUGAUAUAGAUGAAUUAGAUUUUAUGGGAAAUAAGAAAUUUGAAUAAGAAUAUGUGAAAGGAUUUUAAUAAAUAUGAAC